AUGGCGCUCAAUGCCUCCUCGCACAACGUCACCGGCGAGAAGACGACGCCUAAUACCGCUCCCCCGCCGGCCCUGAGCGAGGACAGCAAGAAGGACAUACUCGAGGCUGCCAAUGCCGACGGUACCGGUCAGUCUGCGCCUGGUCGUGAGAACGAGAAAGGCGUAGAACAGAAGGAGAAGUCGGCCAAAGAGCUUGAGAAGGAGCGCAAAAAGGCAGAAAAGGACGCAAAAUUCAAAGCGAAGAAGGCUGCUCAAGCCGCGCCUGGAGGAGCCAAAGAGGGUGCUGCUACGAAGGAGAAGAAGAAGAAGGGCAAAGAUGAGCAGCAACUACCCGACUAUGUCGAAGAGACACCCAAGGGAGAGAAGAAGCGCCUCCAGAGCUUAGACGGCCCACACACCAAGGCAUACGUUCCCAAGGUUGUUGAAUCAGCCUGGUCUGACUGGUGGGAGAAGGAAGGCUUCUUCAAGCCUGAGCUCCAGCCGAACGGAGACGUCAAAGAAGCCGGAAACUUCGUAAUCCCCAUUCCACCCCCAAAUGUCACAGGCAAGCUACACUGCGGACACGCCCUAGCCACAUCACUGCAGGAUGUCAUGAUAAGGUGGCAUCGCAUGAGAGGCUUCACUACACUAUACCUGCCUGGUUGUGACCAUGCUGGUAUUGCUACACAGAGCGUAGUCGAGAAGAUGCUCUGGAGACGAGAGAAGAAAACGAGGUACGACCUUGGCCGGAAAGCCUUCAUCGAGCGGACCAUGGACUGGAAGACAGAGUACCACCAGCAUCUUACGAACACCUUGAAGCGCAUGGGUGGUUCAUUCGACUGGACCCGAGAGGCAUUUACCAUGGACGCGAAUCUUUCCCAAGCCGUGACUGAGAGCUUCGUUAAGAUGCAUGAAGACGGUCUGAUCUACCGGUCGAAUCGUCUCGUCAACUGGUGCACACAGCUCAACACGGCUCUAUCCACUCUCGAGGUUGACAACAAAGAGCUUACAGGCAGGACGCUUCUCUCUGUGCCUGGAUAUGAGCGGAAGGUCGAAUUUGGUGUCCUCACGCACUUCAAGUAUCCUAUCGAUGGCACUGACCAGUUCAUUGAAGUCGCCACUACGCGUCCAGAGACCAUGCUGGGUGACUCGGGCAUCGCCGUUCACCCCAACGACGAGCGUUACAAGCACUUGGUUGGAAAGAAGGCCAAACAUCCUUUCGUCGAUCGCCUACUACCCAUCGUCGCGGACGAGUACGUCGAUCCUGAAUUCGGUACUGGAGCUGUCAAGUUGACUCCGGCGCACGACGCGAACGAUUUCAACCUAGGCAAGAAGCACCAACUUGCUUUCAUCAAUAUCCUGAACGAUAAUGGUACUUUGAACAAGAACACUGGCGAGUUCCAAGGUCAGAAGCGUUUCGAUGUCAGAUAUACUGUUGUUGAGGCGCUGGAGAAGGCGGGUCUGUUUGUCAAGAAGGAAGACAACCCAAUGAAGGUUCCCAUAUGCUCAAGGUCGAGCGACGUCAUCGAGCCCAUCAUGAAGCCUCAGUGGUGGAUGAGAAUGGAGGGGUUGGCUAAGCCUGCAAUUGAGGCCGUCGAGAAUGGCUCUAUCAAGAUUCGGCCGGCGACUUCCGAGAAGGUCUACAUGCACUGGAUGAACAACAUCCAAGACUGGUGUCUGUCCCGACAACUGUGGUGGGGUCAUCAGAUCCCUGCCUACUUUGUCAAUAUCGAGGGCGAGGAGGGUGACCGAAGUGAAAAUGAGCUCUGGAUCACUGGUCGCACAGAAGAAGAAGCACAGAAGAAGGCAGAGAAGCAGUUUCCUGGCAAGAAGUUCUCCUUGGAGCGAGACGAGGAUGUUCUGGACACAUGGUUCUCCUCUGGACUGUGGCCUUUCAGUACGCUUGGAUGGCCCAACGAGACUGCGGACUUCAAGAAUCUUUUCCCCACUUCUGUUUUGGAGACUGGCUGGGACAUUCUAUUCUUCUGGGUCGCUAGGAUGAUCAUGCUGUCGCUUCACCUCACUGGAAAGGUUCCCUUCAAGGAGGUUUACUGCCAUUCGCUUAUUCGCGACUCUGAAGGCAGGAAGAUGUCAAAGUCGCUCGGCAACGUUGUUGACCCUGUUGACAUUAUGGACGGCAUCACUCUGCAAAAGCUCCACGAUCAGCUGCGAGCGGGCAACCUUGAUCCCAAGGAGCUAAAGACGGCCGAGAAGUACCAAAACACAGCUUUCCCGCAGGGCAUACCCGAAUGCGGUGCCGACGCUCUACGCAUGGCCCUUAUUGGUUACACAACUGGUGGCGGCGACAUCUCGUUUGAUGUCAAUGUCAUUCACGGUUACAGGAAGUUCUGCAACAAGAUCUAUCAAGCCACAAAAUAUGUGCUUGGUCGGCUAGGAGACUUCACACCUCGUGCCAAGAUCGCGAAGUCAGGAAAGGAGUCUCUACCCGAGCGAUGGAUUCUCCACAAGCUUACAACCUCCGCCAAGAAGAUUAACCACCAUUUGGAAGCACGCGAGUUCUCUCUCGCCACGCAGGUCGCUUACAAAUACUUCUACGAAUUUCUUUGCGACACUUACAUCGAGAACAGUAAGGCGAUCUUCGACGAAGGCAGCGCAGAAGAGAAGGAGAGCGCCAAGCAGACCCUCUACACGGCUAUUGAGGGUGGUUUGACCCUGAUCCAUCCGUUCAUGCCGUUCUUGACCGAGGAACUCUGGCAACGACUGCCGCGUAGGGAAGGUGACAAGACACCUUCCAUCACCGUCGCAGCAUUCCCGCAAUAUAUCCAAGAGUUUGAUGACGAGGCUGCCGAUGCCGAGUACGAGCUGCUCGUCGACAGCGCGAAGGGUCUCCGGUCCCUCACAGCCGAGUACUCCAUCAAGGAAAACGCAACCACCUUCAUCCAGGCCCUUGAUGAUACGACCCACACUACUCUCUCCACACCAACUUCCCUUCCCUCCAUCCGAUCCCUUGCCGGAAAGACCGUCUCCGACAUCAAGAUCCUCUCGCCCUCCGACCCCGCGCCAACAGGCUGCGCUGUGUACACCGUUGGUUCUGCGGCCACUGCCUACCUCGACGUGAAGGGCCGUAUAGAGAUUGAGAAGGAGAUCACGAAGGCGCAAGACAGACUUGUCAAGGCCAACGACACCAUCACAAGGCAGAAGAAGGUCAUGGAUAAAGAGUGGGAGGAGAAGGUCAGUGAUGUGGUCAAGGACCAGGAGAGGGAGAAGCUGAAGGCUGCGGAGCUGGAAGCGAGGAAUUGGCAGGCAAGUAUUGAGCAGUUUCAGAGGUUGAAACUGGAGUGA